AUGGAAAACGAGAAUUAUGUAGAUAGUUCUCCACUAUUACAACAACAACAACAACCACCACCACCGCAUGCGCAUAGUAACCGCACGUCUUCUCCCGCAGUUGCUCGCUCGCAAUACGGACACGAACGCGAUGAUAGUGAGGACUUGACUGGCUUCAGCGCGGUGCAACCGACAUCAGCGCUGGAUUACGCUGCCUUCCGGCCGCCCCCCUCUACCCAUGACCAGAAUUACGAUGCUGCUACCCUCGCAUCAACACAGUACUUGGCACCUAGAAUACCCCAGACUCCAGCGCGCCAUGAAAACCGCCGAUUUGAAGACGUUCGCCUCUCACCUCGAGAAUCCCACAGAUUAAGCAUAAGAGGGAGGCCAGCUAGAGUCAGGUCCUUGAACCUAAGCGAGAACAACACCAGGCAGGACCUGGAACGAUCCAAAUCCCUACUCCAAGCACUGAGUCCAUCGGCUAUUCGACGAACUAUCCUGACUCCAACCGAACGCUACUCAACCAUUCAAGAGCUUGAUGAUUUGGCCGAAGAAGACCAUAUUGAGGUGGAUAUCUCACUGCUUGAAGGCCCUGAGUCUACAGCGACUUUCUCUCGACAUGUUGCUCCUCCUGACAUGGGUUCCAAAUCGGGACCAAAUAUCAGUCCAGCACCUACGGUCAGAGUUGAGACACCACUUGGUAGGAAGUCAACCAUGUCAAAAAGCGGAAUUGAAGAUACAAUGCGAUUAUACGGACAACAAUUAGCUGAAGAGAGAAGGAUGAUUGUUUCUGUAAAAGAAUCUGCCCCGGUCGUUGAUUUGAGCACAUUGGGAGGUGCAGAGCGUCAGAUGCCAGGUACCAUGGGUUUGGGAAACCGCACCACACUUGGUCACGAUGAGGCUAGUUUUUACUAUCCCACCGAUCCAGAAAAGCCUGACUGGAAACCAAUUUCGAUGAAAACGCCUUACAUGUUGAUGCUCAUUAUCACCUCACUUGUAUUGGCUGGUGUUCAGGAAUAUCUCUACCAGAGGUCAAGAUCUUUGGAAGAUCAAGGACAAGGUCUUAUACAGUACGACACAAUCAAUGAUAUACCAGUUGCGGAGUUCUUUGCUUGGAAGUAUCUCCCGACUAUGGUAAUGGUUGCCUUCGGCGUCUUGUGGCAAUUGAUGGAAUAUAAUGUGAAGAGGCUUGAGCCAUAUUAUCAACUAUCUCAGCCAACGGGAAACUCUGCUGCCAAGUCACUUAACCUGGAUUAUAUCACAACAUUCCCUUAUUUUGUACCGAUUAAAGCCAUUAGAAAUGGGCACUGGACAGUGGCUGUUGCAUCGAUAGGAGCCAUACUCGCUACAACAGCAGCACCGUCGUUGCAAAACCCUUCUCUUGUGCCAACUCCAAACCCUAACUGUAAAAAUCGCCAGUGCACAGCAGAGGACGAGACCAAACAUAUUGUCCAGGUACAUUCGGUUUGGUCUCGUUUGGUUACAGUGACCCUUGUCUUGGUAGCAGUCAUGGCAACGGUGCUUUUAUUUCAAUUACGGCGGAAAUCGGGGUUACUGAGCGAUCCCAAAGGGAUAGCAGGCAUUGCAUCGAUGGCGACGAAGUCCCACAUUCUGAAUGACUUUCAGGGAAUGGACGAAGCCACGGAAAUUGAUAUCCAUAAGAAACUGCGCCAUCGACGGUACGUAUUGUAUAAAUCAAGUAUCUGGCAAGGAGAAUACAUGCGACACACUGAAAAUCUCGGCCACAAUGAUCAGAAGAACAAAGUGCAUUCUCCCCAUCCUAUAAUACUGCGCCUUGCUCCUGGGAUUGCAUUUCUCACAUAUCUUGCAUUUCUUGUCGCACUAGUCCCUAUCAUUACUUAUACCCCUGCCAAAGUUGUUGCGAUAGAUCUACCGUGGCUGCCAGUAUUGCUGGCAGUGGUAGCAAAACAGAUUUGGUCAACUCUCGAGUUUUCAGUUAAAAUGCUGGAGCCGUACUAUGCACUAUCGCGAGGCAACGCACGACCGGAAAGUACUUUGACGCUAGACUAUCAAGGAUCUCCCUACGGCCUUGUUCCCUUCCAAGCCAUCUUGAAUCGGCAUUAUACAGUUGCGCUUGCUGGUUUCGGGUCUGUUCUCGCCGAUGUGUUGACUGUCACGUCAUCUUCUCUCACCCUUCAGUACGAAACUGUAACCUCAUUUGAAGCGUCUUCGUCCGUUUCUUCAGCAGUCAUCAUUUUUCUUUUCUGUUCCGCGACGCUUAUAUUUCUCCGUCGUCGCCAUGCAUUUCUGCCUCGGCAACCAUCCACCAUUGCCUCGGUUCUCGCAUUUAUUCAUCAAUCUCGCAUGCUCGACGACUUUGUCAACACGGAACGCUUCAGCAAUGAUAAGAUGCGCUCCAUGCUUGUUGGUUUGAACAAACGCUAUGGGCUUGGUUGGUUCCGAGGCAGAGACGGAAAACCGCACUGUGGAAUAGAUGAAGAGCCUAUGCUGAGCAAGUAUGUCCAUGGUGUGAGCUACAGGCACGCCCAAGCGCCGUGGGAGGAUAGCGUUGGGUUUUAG